CAAGCACCACACCUCCACCCCAUCCAGCCCUUUAUCUAUCACAAAACGAACCAUGUCUGACGAAGAUGUCAAGCCCAAGAUCGGUGUCACCGUCUCAUGCGGUCAAGAAAGUGUGACGAUCCAAAUGAAGGCCAACACGCCCUUUAAGAAGGUCUUCGAAGCUGCAGAGAAACGCUUCAACAAGCAGCCAGGAACGCUUCGCUUCAUUCACGACGGGAACCGUCUUCAACCUUCGGACACACCUGCAGGGGUCGGAAUGGAAGAUGAGGAUGUAAUAGAGGCUCACCUGGAGCAGUUGGGAGGCAGCGCUAUCUGAUAAUCUUGUCCUUCUUUACUCCUCACUGUAACACGACUCCGGCGCGCCGACGCGCCAAUACAUCCUAU